AUGGAUCCAUCUAUCGACGCGUGCUUUGCUUUUGUCAAGAGUGCGAAGCAUCGCACUGUGACACGUGAAGAGCGACUCGACAUCCGCAGCCAAUAUACUAAAGCUACAUCGAAACAAGUUGUGGACGCUCUUGGUCGCAACCUCAACCUCGUGCAGAAUGUUUGGCGGGAGUACCAGGCCUCACAGACUGUUACUGCUGCUACUCCUUCUGGUAACCGCACGACACACAUAACCAAAGUGCCACGCAUGAAGCUGGUAACCCAGAUGGUCCAGCAAUUUGUACGGGACCGUCGCGCAACCAGAACGCGCACAACGGCUGUCGAGGUCAUGAUGUACCUCAAGGAGUUGUGUCUCCUCGACAUCGACGUGGAUCACAAGAAGCAGUUCGCAGCAUCCUAUCGUGCCGUGCAACGGUUCCUCAAGGCUCAAGGGUACAAGCGAGGUCGCCGGAAGGGCUCCUCGACAUACCACCUGUCCAAGGCCAACGCCCUUGCGCGUGACACGUACGUGAAACGCAUGCAUCCUCACUCGACGGCUGCAACACGACCCAAUGUCGUGCAUACGGACGAAUCGUACCUACACCAUCACUACAAGUCCCACCAUCAAGACCUGUACGACCCGUCCGACGAUCACGACGUCCAGAGCAAGGAGAAACAUAAGGGUCGGCGAUAUUGUUUCGUUGCAGCGAUACUCGACUCCCCAUUGAUGGCCAGCAAGGUCAUGGCUAUCGACAUUUUCACCGGAGGGAAGUCCCGAGCAAAGGAGCCCGGGGUUACCAAAGCCCUCAUCGUACUCGACAACGCCAAGUACCACAAAGGCCUGCCCGAGUCAACACCAACGAGUGGACGUCGCAAGUCCAUCCUGCUGGAUGCAUGUCGUUUGUCGAAUAUGCUGGCAUCUCACAUUAAAGCACACCCCGUCAUCGUGGAAAUGGGCAAGCGUCGUGGGCAUUGUGUUGUCUACACUCCUCCCCAUCAUUCGGAUCUGCAGCCGAUUGAAUCUGUGUGGGCGAUUGUGAAGGCUGAGGUUGGUCGACAAUACACGGAUAUGACCAAGUUCGCGGAUGUGAAAGUUCGCCUCAAAGCUGCAUUUGCCAACCGGAAACCCAACCCCAUCAAAGGGUGUGUACGUGCUGCACAAGAGAAGUUGAAGAAGUUGCACGAGCAUCUUGUGCAAAUCGAUACACUCGUAUCCGAUGAAGAGUCAUCAGAUGACAGCGACAAUUCAAGUGACGAUGGUGGCGACUCUGAGUAG